GACAGGUCCCAACUUCGCCCCCACAGCGGUCCUGAUGGCAAAUCCCGCCCCUCACAUGACUGAUGAAUUCCAAGCUGGGCACCAUUAGCCCGCCCCCUCCUUCCGCUCAUUGGUUUUGCUGCUUGAGUGGCAGCUCAGUGUCCUCGUCUCUGUAUCUCUGGCAUAAAAAAUUCCGCCCAGCCUAGAUUAGAGCCCGUUGAUUGGCUGCACAGCAGUGAGUGGCAGCUCUAUAUCCCCGGGCCCGUUAUUUCACCGGUGGCCGCAGAUGGAGUCGCUCCGAGUUCAGAGACUGCAGCCCGGGGUGGGACCCGGUGUCUCCUCAGGGACUUUGCGCUCGUUACGGCCCGGGGUGACCGGCGGUUCCUUCUCCUCUCCGGCGGCAACAACAGCUCCGGCCUCGGCUCCUCCUCCUCUCGGCCUCGGGAUCCCGGGGGGACUGGCGAAUCCUGGGGGGAACCCGGCGGUGCUGAGGGAGGCGGUGGAGGCGGUUGUGAGGAGCUUCGCUAAAUACACUCACGGCUACGGGAGGGUGAACGUGGUGGAGGCCCUCCAGGAAUUUUGGCAAAUGAAGCAGACGAGAGGGGCGGAGCUAAAGAAUGGCGCUUUGGUUGUGUACGAGAUGGUGCCGACUAACAGCCCCCCGUAUGUUUGUUAUGUCACCUUGCCGGGGGGCAGCUGUUUUGGGAGCUUUCAGUUCUGUCCGACCAAAGCGGAAGCGAGGAGAAGCGCCGCCAAGAUCGCCCUAAUGAACUCCGUGUUUAACGAGCACCCGUCACGCAGGAUCACGGACGAGUUCAUAGAGAAGAGCGUGUGCGAAGCCCUGGCCACAUUUAAUGGGAAUCGCGAGGAAGCGGACAAUCCAAACACCGGGAUCGGAGCCUUCCGCUUCAUGCUGGAGUCCAACAAAGGCAAAUCCAUGCUGGAGUUCCAGGAACUCAUGACGGUCUUCCAACUCCUGCACUGGAACGGCAGCCUGAAAGCCAUGCGAGAGAGGCAGUGCUCCCGCCAGGAGGUUCUGGCCCACUACUCGCACCGAGCGCUGGAUGACGACAUGAGGAACCAGAUGGCCAUGGAUUGGGUGAACCGGGAACACGACACCCCAGGAUCGCUGGCCAGAGAAUUGGCAUCCACAGAACGGCAGUUGGACGAGGCACGACUGGCUGGCAAGGAGCUUCGGUACCACAAGGAGAAGAAAGAUAUCCUGAUGCUGGCGGCCGGGCAGCUUGGAAACAUUCAUUCCCCCAACUGUUAGCUUUGCCUUGAAACUCGUUACUGCUCUUCACUCAUAUGUGACGUUUGUGGUGGGCAAAAGCUUGAAAACUGGGAAAUAUGGUUCUGUACAGAGCUUUGCAAAUAUCUCGGGCUACUGGGCUCCAGGAGCAAACAAGAUUUUAUGGGGAAGUUCUUUGGGGUAGAGUAGGCCUUGAAGAUUCUAGAAAUAUACAUCUAAAUCCUGUUUGCAUCCAUAAAGUUCAACCUCACAGGCCUGUGAUGUUGUUUAGCUCUAUGUCCAUUGGAUUUGAGGAGCUAUAUAGCUAUGAAGGAGAACCCAUUGAGAAGCUCUGUAGCCAUGAAAGAGAACCCAUUGAGGAGCUCUGUAGCCAUGAAGGAGGCAUCUUAUGAGGAGCUCUGUAUCAUUGAAGGAGGCACCUUAUGAGGAGCUUUGUAUCCAUAAAGGAGAAACCCUUAAGGAGCUCUGGAUCCAUGAAUUAGAAACUCUUGUGGAGCUCUGUAUCCAUGAAGGAGAAACUCUUGUGGAGCUCUGUAUCCAUGAAGGAGAAACCCUUGAGCUCUGUAUCCAUGAAGGAAAAACCACUGAGGAGCUCUGUAGCCAUGAAGGAGAAACCCUUGAGGAACUCUGUAGCCAUGAAGUAGAACCCCUUAAGGAACGCUGUAUCCAUGAAGGAGAAACUCUUGAGGAGCUCUGUAUCCAUGAAGGAGAAACGCUUGAGGAGCUAUGUAGCCAUGAAGGAGAAACGCUUGAGGAGCUCUGUAUCUUUGAAGGAGGCACCUUAUGAAGAGCUCUGUAUCGUUGAAGGAGGCAGCUAAUGAGGAGCUCUGUAUUGUUGAAGGAGAAACCUUUGAGGAACUCUGUAGCCAAGGAGAGACCUGUGAUAUCGGAGGAGCUCUCCAUGAAGUAGAAACCCUUGAGGUGCUCUGUAUCCAUGAAGGAGAAACCCUUGAGGAGCUCUGUAGCCAUAAAGGCGGCAUCUUAUGAAGAGCUCUGUAUCAUGGAAGGAGGCAUCUUAUGAGGAGCUCUGUAUCGUUGAAGGAGGCACCUUAUGAAGAGCUCUGUAUCGUUGAAGGAGGCACCUAAUGAGGAGCUCUGUAUCAUUGAAUGAGAAACCCUUGAGGAGCUCUGUAGCCAUGAAGGAGAAACCCUUGAGGAGCUCGGUAGCCAUGAAGGAGAAACCCUUGAAGAGCUCGGUAUCAUUGAAGGAGGCACCUUAUGAGGAGCUCUGUAUCCUUUGAUGUUUGUGGAGCUCUGUACCCAAGACUUGAGACAAUUUUGGAGGUCUUUAGAACCAUGAAGCAGCCUGAGCCUGAGUGAAGAAGUUAUAUAGGAUUUUGACAACUGUCCAUUUGGGCAAACAAGACUUUGUUAAACUUUUUCUAAGUAUGACUUUACCUUUCGAAAGAGGUUACAGCCAACAACCAUCUUUGGAACCAAGACUGACUGUUAUAAGACGGAUAGGAUGUGUUUAGAUUAAAGUCUUAACUGGAAAGGAUUGUGGGAACAUAGCUACUGCCAGGGGCUGUGCUGCUUAAAUAUUGAUACCUUCCCAAUGGAGCAGAAAACAAAUUAAAGGGCAAGUCUUCUUGCGUAAACUCAAGCGCCAUGUGGUUGUGAAUCCAGCUCCUUUCUGAAAUACUUACCCUGGCACCGAGCUUUGAUUUUACUGUAUUUCCUGUUCAUGGGCUGCUCUGUUUCCCAUGGUCAGAGGGGGUGGUACUUGCCAAACUCCUCCCUCAUCUGUCCAUGGGGGAGAGAGCAGCCCAGGAGCAGGAUAUUCAGGUAGCCAGUGCCAGGGUAAGUAAUGGUGGGAUAUUGGAUUUAUUUUUUUUCAAGGGGCUCAUAGCAAAGGGCACUUACCUUUAUCAGCCACCUGAAACCUUAGCACCUACUCCGGUAACGGCAUGUUACUGUUUUUAUACUCUACCGCUCUUUUCAUUACCAGUAAGGGCAAUACAUUUCUAUAUUAUAUAUAUAUUUCUAUAUUUUAAUAUCAGUGUUAAACCCUUCAUCUGUAGCUUUUCCACUUACCCAUCUCUUGCAAAACCUCGCCUCAGGCAAGUGAUUCCCAGGAGACUUUGGUUGGCAAGGGAUACUAUAAAAAAUGCCCCCGCCCCCACAAAGAUACUGAACCCCCCCCAAUCCAUUGACUACAAUGAGAGCCCAUGGAUCCUCUCCAUAUCUUUCUAAAACGGGUUUCCUGAAAGCUGCAUGUUGAAUUGCUGACUGUGCCUCCAUGUUCCACCUAGUGGUAAAUGUGAGAAUAACAGUUGUCAGACACACUAGGGCGUAAUCACCAGUGAGAUCACAAUUGAAUGGCGACAGCAGGGUACCUAAGAGCGAUAUCUCAUUGCAGAGAGAAGAUGGCUCGGCCAAUGAAUUCUAAGAUUAUCUCUUUAACUGCAAUUUGUUAUAGCACUUUUUACUACUAUAAUUUUAGGUAGGCUCCACUGAACACAAUAAAGUGGGCGUAACUUUCAGACAAGAUGGCCAAACACAACAGGGCUAAGAGCAAUGUCACUGCCAUAAAAAUCGAAGUUUUAAAGGGUGCAAGAGAGAGACACUUCGUGCCAAUUUAGAAUCAUGAUUUUCGGUUGUCUAGCUUCGGGUCCUUUAAAUGACUUUGUUUGGGAUGGAUUCUCUAAACUGUUAUAAAUUUUACUCUGCAGGAGCAAUCGCGGGCGCAACCGUAUUAACCACUUAUAACUCUGGUGGCAACGAGUUCUGUCAGAAGGAAGGGACCAGAUGAAAAGUGAAGAAUUUGGUGAAUUUCCCCUUUAAAUGAACAAUAUGCUAGAGAGUGAGCUGGUGGGGGAGGUUUUGCAAGAGACGGGUCUAGGGCUCAUCUGUUUAGUAUAUAACAAUACUCUGGGAGUUACAGUUGCACAAUUCUUUUUUUAUAUCUAUGUAGCUACCUGUAUGUAUGUAGCCUUUGUACUACCUACCCAGGGCACCACUUUAGUACUGUGGCCCAUACUGUGCAUUUUAUAGCAACGCUCCUUAGUUACCUUUGUAUCUUGAUAUAUGCAAAUAAAUUUAUUAGUAACAUUG